AUGGUGGCUUCAGCUAAGUAUGAUUAUGAAACAUAUACUCAAUUAAAUUGUCAAUUUAGAGAAAAGAACGAUGGAGGGAUAGAUCUAGAAGUAGAGAUAUGUACAUUUGAAAUUGGGAUGCAAUGCAAAGCUUAUUUUAAUCAGUACAUAGACCACAUUGACGCAUUUAAGACCAUCGUGCGAGAACGUGGCUAUGAUAUCGGCGUUUUUGUAGGAUUUUUAGAGAAAAGAAUUUCGUUGGGGGCGUAUAUAUCGGCUACAAAAUCGGAUCGCAUUAUUGUUACUACUUAUAAAAGAAUGUGCCGAGAUGUUCUUGAUUUUAUCUUUAAUCUAUUAAAUCAAGAAUCUCGUGCCUUAGAAGACAAAUGCAAAUUAUAA